CUGCCCGGCAUGCACCGCGCGGCGGGGAGGGCCGCGGAGAGCAGGGAGCUGCGGGCCCAUGUCCGCCCCUUCGCGCCGGGCGCCAUGGAGGGGGCCGCAGUGCUGCGCGUCAAGCGGAAACGCGGCGGGACGGAGCCGGCCGAGGCGCUGCUCCUCGCCUGCAAGCGGCUGCGCACGGAGGAUGGCGGCAGCGCCCAGGCGGUAGAGAGGAACCUCUUCAAGCUGGUGGCGACCGUGUCCUCCAAGAAUGAACCAGUUCAUAAAUACGUUCAGGAAGUGAUCACUCGAGACAAAGCAGCUCUAAGCCUGCGACCCUCUUUAGGAAGCACUCAGCGAAUCAUUAAGGAACUCCGUUCUUCCAAGCAAGAGACAAGGAAGGAAAACCGUUACCGUGUAAUAACCAGCAAUCGACCUAAUUGUAGUCAAAACGUUGCACCUAUCGUAACUGGUGAGGCAUCGAUUGAUGGCGACAGGUCAGCCUCUGAAGCAAGGGAAGAUGCUUCACAAAAGGAGAGCAGUGCUCUUGAUGAGAGUUUGGACUGCUGUGGGCAAUUCCAGUUGUUUGAUAUUGUACAAGAAGAGGAGGUGGUGGGAGACUCCAGCAUAACUGCUGCAAACUCUCAGAAGACUGACCCAGAUGUGAUCCUCUGCAAUGCAGUAGAGAUGAUCCGUGAGCGUUUAAAUGUUUCUGAAGAUAGUAAGAAAGAACACUGUGAGAAAGAAGAUGAGUAUGUUUAUGACAUCUACUAUAUGGAAUCAUCAGCCCCUGGUUGGAUCCAAAAUAUUCUUUCUGUACAGCCCUACAGAGAAGAAUAUGAACUGGUAAACGAUGAUCACAUUCCAGGGGAAAUAGAUGAAGAUGAAGAUGAUGAGAACGACGAAAACAACUGGCGUAAUGAUUAUCCUGAUGAAGAUGAAUUCUUACCUGAGGAAGAUGGUGAUGGAGAAAAAGACUCUGAAGACAGCUUCAGUGAUGAGGACCAAUGUUACAGAAGAACAUGGAACAAAUACCGACAAGAGAUUCUACAGGAAUUUGGAUAUGAAGAUAUCCAGGAUUUGGACUCUGACUAACAGCCCUUUUUAUGAAGAUUAAAUGCACACUGAAGAUGAAAUUCUACUGUUGCAGUAGAACUGAAAAUCCAGACAGCCUCUGAUAACUAUUUGAAAGAAUGCUGAACUAAACUUAGAAUAAAAAAAACCCAAACCCAACCCCAAAAAUAAACAAAACAAAAUAAACCCUGGAACCCCAUUUUUCCAUAGAAGUUGUGCUCACUGGGACAGUAGGAAACAAGUCUUCACAUGUAUGAGCUGUCUGACCUUCACGAACUGUUGGUGACUAGCAUGGUUGACUGUCACACUUACUGACUAGGCUUGAGAUUAGAUACCAGACUGGGAGUCCAGUAAAUGCUAAAACCUUUUACUGUCUGAGCAGCCAGCUUCAGUUGGUAGAUAUUAAACAGAUGUGUGAAUAUGGCCACUUGACAAUACAAAGUUUUGUUCCAAGCAAAAGAUAAUGUAUACUUCAAAAUAUUUUUCUGCCCAUUCUGUGAUGCUGUGGUUCUGAAGGAACAUUUUUGUUUGUUUGUUUUAAAGCUGCAUGCCCAAGUAUCCACAUUAUAUAUGGAGGUACCACUGGGAGCAGCCCUUCUGGUCAUGACUAAUCUACCAGGUUUCACAACAAGAUCAGCGUGUCUGCCAUGGUGGCAAGUGGAAGUCCUGGAAAAGGGCGCUCUGUCCUAGUACUUUCUACUGUAUUUGUUCCUAAAUUACCUUCCUUACAAGUGCUUGAGCAUAUGAAAUGCCUUGACCUGUCCGUUUCAUUGUUGAUCUCCAGCAAUUUUGCUAUUGGAGUAGAACAAUAUAUAUGCAUUUAAAUUGUAAAUAAAGAAUUUUUGACUAAA